UGGCAAAGCGUCAAGUCUAUUCAACUUAGUGCACUGUGUUCGUAACAUAUUGUCGUUUUGGGAACAGAACAAUGUAUUGGAGAUCAGAUGUUUCAUCGAUGAUAAAAUUAGCAGAAUGUCAGUCCAGUUUCACCUAGUUACAUCCUCUCCCGCUACCCGCGACUGAACUUCCUCUCACUACCAUAUUUGGUGGCGAGAAAACGUUCUAAACGGAUGCUUCAGCUUUAUAGCCCAUGUGACGUGUCUGGGUUACUCCUUAUGUUUGUGUGGUAACACUUUUGAUGUUGUCUUUCUGACAAAAAGAAGCAUGGAGGAUUCAAACUCUUAUAUUCGCGUCUCCGGAUUUGUUCUUGGUUCAUUGAUGUUUCAGCACUUGAACAGUGAUUCUGAUGUGGAAGGUCUCAUUCUCGGGGAGACCAAAGCUGAAGAGCGAAGCAACAUCACUGACUCUCAAAUCGACAACAUACAGUUUGAGCAUACAAUAAACAUUCAGAAACACAUAUCAUGUCGCAAGCUCAAUAGCUUCUAUAAUAGAAUAGGGGAGGUGAACCAGGAUGAAAUAAGGCACAUUUUAUCCAACUAUAAGGAGGAGAAUGUGAUUGGUUGGUAUAAACAGCGGAGAAACACAGAUCAACAAAUUACCUUCAGAGAGCAAGUAGUCCACGAGAACCUGAAGAGAGCACUCUCCAAUCACGAGCUGAUCUUUCUGCUACUGACACCCAGUGAGAUCACAACAUCAGGCUCCACUCACAAACUGGAGUAUGCAGUCUACAGAUCACAUGGCAGUCAGUAUUGCAGUGUUCCUGUCCUGGUCAGCAACCUGGGUUUGUUGGAAGAGCAGGACUACUGGAGACUCUCUGCAUCUUGUUCAUCAGUCAACUACAACCAUGCUGUUAGGAAACACAGAUCUAAAUUCUUCUCCUCCGAUGGAUCUCUGCAUGAGGUGGAUGAGAUUAAUGACAUGAACAACUCCUUGCAGGGUGAACUGAAGAUGGCAUGUAAGAAAGUGGAGGAGAGUGAACGAUUGGUCGAGAAGCUGCUUGCAGACGUUUCUGAUCUAAGAAGGAUGGUCAAUGAUGGGAAACAAGAGCUGAGAGAAAUCUCAGCAGAUGGAGCCUCCACCCCGGCACAGCCCCAGGAGAAUGUGCUGCUCUGCGAGGUCAUCAAAACACUAUUUCCUGGGGAAUCUCUACUCCAAACGCAGGCUCUAAACUUCCAGGGGUUUCCAUUGCCUGAGUUCUGCUGCAGGACUGACCAUGGCAUAGACAUCGCCACAACACUGCCUUUGAUCCUGAGUCAUACACUCCCUAAAGCCAGGAAGGGGAGGCUUGGGAGAGGCGGAGGUACAUCCUGGAGAAAACGUCCCCUUCGUGAAUCAUCUGAGGUGCCCAAGAGGAGGAAAGGCAUGCUGGAGGAGACUGAGGAGUCUUUGUCAGUCAGUGGGUCAGAGACCGAGGAGGAUUUGAUCCCACCCAAUCAGAACGGAAAUAAUUUAGAUGUAUCCAACUCCCCGGUCUUCUGAGGACCCAAUGGACCACUCAAGAAUGGUCACUGUUUAUGGAUUAUAGGAAAUUCUGUGACAUUCCCCUGUAACAGUCCUCUAUCAAUAACUGAAAACUUGAUAUGUUUGCAGGGAUGCCUUCACUUAGCUUAUUUUUAGGGGCAACAUGUUUUAUUUAGAAGUGACUGUCCAAAUUCUUGAUUAUAAUAACUUUAGUGUUUAUCAACAAUUUUUUUAUAUUCAAGCUGUUAUUGAACUUGUACAUAAUUGCAUUAAAUUAUUUUCACGUGUA